AUGAGGCCAGGACUGAAUAGGGCAGGGCCUGGGAGGCGAAGAGCGGUGCCGUUGCCUGGAGCCCAUGGGCUUCGGAUGGGCACCCCUGUGACGCAGAGGACCAGUCCUCUUCCCUCCUACAGGAAGCUCCCUCUCCAGGCCCCAGUAAGGCCCUUCCUCACCCUGCUGCUGCUGGUUUCCAUCAAGCAAGUUACAGGCUCUCUUCUUGAGAAGACAACUCAGAAGUGGGCACAGUACAAAGAGAAGUGUCUGAGAGACUUACUCAAGGAACCUUCUGACAUAUUUUGUAAUGGGACAUUUGAUAAAUAUGUGUGCUGGCCUCAUUCCUCUCCAGGAAAUGUCUCAGUUCCUUGCCCUUCAUAUUUACCUUGGUGGCGUGAAGAGAGCUCAGGAAGGGCCUACAGACGCUGCUUGGCUCAGGGUACGUGGCAGAUGUGGGAGAACACCACGGAUGUUUGGCAGGAUGAGUCAGAAUGCGCCGAGAACCACAGCUUCAGGAAGAACGUAGAACAUCAGGAUUUGCUGUCGACCUUGCAGCUGAUGUACACCGUGGGAUACUCCUUCUCCCUUGCCUCCCUCCUCAUGGCUCUAGCCCUCCUCCUGUUUCUUCGAAAACUCCACUGCACACGCAACUACAUCCACAUGAACUUGUUUGCAUCUUUCAUCCUGAGAGCCCUGGCUGUGCUAGUGAAGGAUGCUGUCGUCUACAACUCUUAUACCAGGAAGCCUGACAGUGUGAACGGGUGGAUGUCCUAUAUGUCGGAGGUGUCCACCUCAUGUCGCUCAGCCCAGGUUCUCCUGCACUACUUCGUGGGUGCCAAUUACUCAUGGCUGCUGGUUGAAGGCCUUUACCUUAACACACUGCUGGGGCCCACAAUGCUUUCUGAAAGGCGGUUGUGGCCCAGAUACCUGCUGGUGGGUUGGGGCUUCCCUGUGCUGUCUGUUGUCCCAUGGAGUAUUGUCCGUGCCCAGCUGGAGAACACCGGGUGCUGGGGAACCAAUGGGAACAAAAAAAUCUGGUGGAUCAUCCGAGGACCUGUGCUGCUUUGUAUAACAGUCAAUUUCUUCAUCUUCCUGAAAAUUCUCAAGCUUCUCAUUUCUAAGCUGAAAGCCCAUCAAAUGUGUUUCAGAGAUUAUAAAUACAGAUUGGCAAAAUCAACACUGGUCCUCAUUCCUUUAUUGGGUGUUCAGGAGAUCCUCUUCUCUUUCAUCACUGAUGAGCAACUUCAAGGAUUUUCAAAACUGAUACGACUCUUCAUUCAGUUGGCACUAAGCUCCUUCCAUGGAUUACUUGUGGCCUUCCAGUACUGCUUUGCCAAUGGAGAGGUGAAGGCUGAGCUGAGGAAGCACUGGGUCCGCUUCCUGCUUGCCCGCCACUCGGGCUGCAGAGACUGGUUCCUGGAGAAGAAUUUCAGGUUCCUGGGGAAAUGUCCCAAGAAGCUCUCAGAGGAAGAUGGUGCUGGGACGCUGCAGAAGCUGCAGCUCUCACCUGGUAGUGGUGGACAACUCCUACACCUGGCCACGCAGAGUGAGCUGGGCACCCGGCCCCACCGAGGCAACACUGCCUGGCCCCGAGGCACCAGCCUGUCUGAGAGCAGUGAGGGAGACUUCACUCUGGCCAACACAUUGGAGGAGAUUCUGGAGGAGAGUGAGAUCUAA